CGGCGGCGGUGGCUGAUUGUUCGCUGGAGGACGCUUGUGCUAUGCUGGGACGUACCGGGCACGUGGUAGCGGCCAUUUUGCUGUGUGUGUGAGAGGCGUUGUAAGCAAAUUUGCUGGCAAAGGCCGGAAUAGCAGAGCGGGCAAAAUGAGUAUGGCUUCAAGCAUUGAGCAAUAUCGCAAAGGCACGACCUUUGGCGAUUGGGCUGAUAGGCUGGAUUACACCUUCAAAGCUAACAAAGUGGAGGGUGAUCUUCAAAAAUCUCAUUUUAUGAAUCUUUGCGGGCCAUACAUUUAUUCCCAAUUGAAACUUCUCUUCAAGAAGGAUGAAUUAGAUAAAGCUGAUUAUGCUACCAUUGUGGCAAAACUCAAGCUUAAACUUGAUCUUACUGAGCCUGACCUUGUACAACGGUUUCGGUUUAGUCAAAGGAAUCAACAACCAGACGAAACCGCUGAGGAGUUUGUGCAAGCGGUCAAACUUCAGGCUGAGUUUUGUGGGUUUGAAAAUUUCAAAGAAGUUGCAAUCAUUGACAGAGUUUUGGUUGGACUGAGUGAUGCUGUAUUGAAGGAAAAUCUUCUGAAGGAGGAGAAGUUGGAUUUGGCUAAAUUGGACAAGUUCAUCACUACAUGGAACAUUGCUAAACGCAAUGUACAUUCGCUUUUCAAUCAAAAUUCGUGCGCUAAUUACAGCUACCCUCCUCCGGAGAUGAUUAACCAAGUGAGAAGACCAGUUCACGAGCGUUUGGGCCAUCCCUACAAUCAAAGACAACACACACGCACACAAAACAAUGUCAAUAGACAGGGUAAUGGUUUCAAUAGAACAAAUGGAUCGGGCAACAGAUCGGGUUACAACAACUACAACAAUCACAAUCGCACACAAAAUUCACAAAACACUCAGCGUACAGUUCGAUUCCAAGGUGAUAAUCGUAACAACACACACAGAAACACAAACUACAGUAACAAUAACAGACUAAAUGGUCGCAACAACUACAACAACUGGCCUAAGAGGGAUUAUUCGGAGAUGGAAUGUGAUUACUGUGGGGAGUUAGGUCACAUUAGGAGAAAGUGUUUCACACUGAAAAAUCUGCAGCGAGAUGCGGUGAAUUUCAUCGAGGCCGCGAGGCCAGGGACCAGUGCAGAAAAGGAGUUGUCGGAUCUGAUGGGACGCAUGAGGACAGCAGAUGGUCCUAGGGUGGAGACUUCGGACGAUGAAAGCUACUCCGAGUGGAACCCAGGUAGUUUACAAUGUAUGUGUGUGGAGUCCAUUAACAAAAUAAGUGAACCUUGUUUGACAAAUGUCAUAAUUGAUAAUGUUUUCGUCCAAAUGGAGAUUGAUUGUGGAUCAACGGUAACAGUGAUGGGAAAAACUCAAUAUUUCAGACUUUUUGACAAACCUUUGAACAAAUGUGAUAAACAGCUUUUGGUAGUAAAUGGAAAUCAACUCAAUAUUGAGGGAGAGACAGAUGUUUGUGUAAAACUGAAUGGUUUCAAACAUAAGUUGAAAUUACUUGUAUUAAAUUCUGAUUUCAAGUUCAUUCCGCUUUUUGGCAGGAAUUGGAUGGAUAUUUUCUUCCCUCAAUGGAGGCAAUACUUUUCUAACAAUGCGAUGAUUGAUGAACAAAUUAACAGUGUGAGUGCGCCAAAGGGUGAUGAGUUGAUUCAAGAGAUUAAACGGGAUUUUUCGGAGGUUUUUGUGAAAGAUUUUUCUACUCCGAUCAAGGGUUUUGAGGCUGAGUUGGUCUUGAAAAGUGAAGUUCCCAUAUUUAAGAAAGCGUAUGACGUUCCCUACAGGUUAAGGGAGAAAGUUUUAACGUAUUUGGAUAGAUUAGAGAAGGAAAAUGUGAUCAGUCCCAUUGAAGCCAGUGAUUGGGCAUCUCCGGUGAUAGUUGUCAUGAAAAAGGAUAAUAAAAUCAGACUUGUUAUUGAUUGUAAAGUGUCUAUUAACAAAGUGUUAGUGGCGAAUGCAUAUCCUUUGCCUGUUGCUAGUGAUUUGUUUGCUAAAUUGGCGAAUUGCAAAGUUUUUUGUUCUUUAGAUCUUGAGGGUGCAUACACACAACUUGCGUUAUCGGAGAGGUCCAAGAAAUUCAUGGUUAUCAAUACAAUUAAGGGUUUAUUUACCUACCAUCGCUUACCACAGGGGGCUUCUCCUAGUGCGUCAAUUUUCCAACACAUUAUGGAUCAAAUUUUGGGCGGAAUUCCCAAUGUGUUCUGUUAUUUAGAUGAUGUUCUGAUAGCAGGGCAAACUGUCGAUGAUUGUCGAGAUAAGCUGAUAAUUGUUUUUAAAAGGCUUGCAAAGGCAAAUAUUAAGGUAAACUGGGAGAAAUGCAAAUUUUUUGUUACAGAAUUGAAAUAUUUAGGGCACAUUAUUACGGACAAAGGUUUAUUGACCUGCCCUGACAAAAUUUCGACUGUUCAGAGAGCAAAAGUGCCUACAAAUGUUAAUGAACUAAGAUCCUACUUGGGAUUAAUAAACUACUACAACAGAUUUGUGCCAAAUAUGUCUGCAAAAUUGCAUUUUUUGUAUAACUUGCUAAAGAAAAAUACGAGGUUUAUUUGGGAUCGCGAUUGCGACAAAGCCUUUCACGAAAGUAAACAAAUGUUGCUUUCGGCAAAUAUUCUGGAAUUUUACGAUCCUAAUAAGGAAAUUGUAGUUGUUUCUGACGCAUCAGGCUAUGGCCUAGGAGGAGUAAUUGCUCAUGUGAUCGAUGGGGUUGAGAAGCCUAUUUGUUUUACAUCUUUUAGUUUAGAUGACGCACAAAAGAAGUAUCCUAUUCUUCAUUUGGAAGCUUUAGCUUUGGUUUGUACCAUUAAGAAAUUUCAUAAAUAUUUAUUUGGACAAGAGUUUAUUGCUUACACUGAUCACAAGCCAUUGCUGGGAAUUUUCGGCAAAGAAGGCAAAAAUUCAAUAUUUGUAACCAGACUCCAACGUUAUAUUUUGGAACUUUCCAUUUAUAAAUUUGAACUUCGGUACAGGCCGUCUGCUAAGAUGGGAAAUGCGGAUUUUUGUUCGAGGUUUCCUCUAAGUCAGUCGGUGCCUGCCGAAUUGGAUCAAGAUUUCGUUAGGAGCAUUAACUUCAGUAAAGAUUUCCCAUUAGACUUUGUUUUGGUUGCCAAGGCGACAACUGACGAUGUUUAUUUACAACAAAUUUCAAGCUAUCUGCGUGAUGGUUGGCCAGAAAAGGUGGACAAACGCUUUAUGGACGUAUUUGCAAAUCAGAAUGAUUUGGAAGAGGUUGAAGGGUGCUUAUUGUACCAAGACAGGGUGGUGAUACCACGUGGAAUGCAAAGCGGGAUUUUAAAACUUUUACACGCCAAUCACGCAGGGAUAGUUAAAAUGAAACAAUUAGCACAUAGGCAAGUCUAUUGGUUUGGAAUCAACAAAGAUAUUGAAAAAUAUGUUUCAACAUGCGAUAUUUGUGGUAGUAUGGCAGUGGUGCCAAAAGUUCAAACUACGUCUAAUUGGACGCCAACUACUAGGCCUUUUAGCCGAAUUCACAUUGAUUUCUUCUAUUUUUCUCGCCACACUUUUCUUCUGAUUGUGGAUUCACACACCAAGUGGCUUGAGGUAGAAUGGAUGAAACAAGGCACGGAUUGUGCAAAAGUCUUGAAGAAAUUGGUUGCUUAUUUUGCAAGAUUUGGUCUGCCAGACGUUUUGGUAUCGGACAAUGGUCCUCCAUUUAAUUCUUCUUACUUUGUGUCAUUUCUUGAAAGGCAAGGAAUUAAGGUGAUGAAAAGUCCACCAUACAAUCCGCAGAGCAAUGGCCAAGCGGAGAGGCUAGUUAGAACAACUAAAGACGUUUUAAAGAAGUUUUUGUUAGAUCCGGAGUUGGACAACAUUGAUUUGGAAGACCAGAUUAAUCUAUUUUUAAUAAAUUUUAGAAAUAAUACUUCGACGAGUUCAGGGCAAUUUCCUUCAGAGAAAGUUUUCUCAUACAAGCCAAAAACAAUGUUAGAUUUAUUAAAUCCUAAAAAUCAUUACAAAAAUCAUCUAGUCAGUAAACAAACUCCUUGUGAUGAGGUACAAGUACCUGAAAUAUCCAACAAAACGUCGAAUGACGGGUUGGACGAACUGAUUGCAGGAGAUACUAUUUGGUAUAAAAAUCACGACGUUAAAUUACCAAAUAAGUGGAUUUUGGCUACGUACUUAAAGAAAUUUUUGUCGUAA